UGUGAGUGAGGCGUGAGAGGGGAGGCAGUGGUAAGUGCGGAGCAGGCGGCGGCGGCCUACCUUGAGUGGGCAGGUCCACAGCUAGAUCCCGCGGCUGGCCAUGACGCGUCUCACAUCUCGUUAACUCGCCACUAGCCAGUCGCAGACGCUCUCACAACGAAUAUGGCUGGUUUUGUGCAGUUGGUGUGUGCGUGUUUUGCAUUGUUUACUGUGGUCACCGAUGCCAUACUUUCCGGACUUUACAUUGACAAUGGUGUUGAUCAGACGAUAAUUCAUCAUACGAUUACGCGACACGAGCGCAUGGUAGUAGAACAUGAAAUUUUAGAUCUUUUAGGCUUAGGAGAAAGACCCAGAAGAUCUAAAUCUCCACCUUUGGAUCGUUCGGCUCCAAGUUUCCUGUUGGACGUUUAUAAGCAACUGGCUGAGGAGCACGAACAGGCACGCCCUACACGUAGUUCUGACAUGGCUCUCAGCGGUGAUGAGCAGCAAGCUAUUGAUGAAAGUGAUUUAAUUAUGACUUUUCAAAGCAAAAGACAUCACCUGGGUGUUUUACGUCAUGGUCACGGCAGGCACAUUUGGUUCGAAGUGGCUGGUACUCCAGGGGAUGCUUCAUCCCUGCUUGCGGCGGAAUUGAGGCUGCAUAAGUCUUCGUCACAUACGGAAGACCCUACAAGCCUUUAUACUGUUAUCGCACAUCGGGUGAUUAAUGUCGAUAAUUUGGGAGGAUUAGAACUAAAGCAGGUGGCUGCAGUGAACACCAGUGCCGGGGCUGAAGGAUGGCUAGAAUUAAACGUAACUAGUGCAUUGGCAGCAUGGCUUACUUCACCAGCUGAUAACCGAGGCUUCUUCAUUACUGCACAUCCCCAUUCACAACCCGAACGCCACAUCAAGCCUGAAGAAAUCGGUCUCGAAGAGCCGCGAGGUGUUACCACAGAAGGCAGACAACCGUUCUUAGUGGCAUUCUUUAAAAGUGGCCCAAAUUUAGGCAGUACAGAUUUGGGAACGAGACGAAAACGCGAGGCGAGACGUUUGCGAAAUCACAGUUACUCGGAGAACUAUGUAAAAAAUCCUUUAGCUGAUACAGCGCAUUGGACUACAAGAAGCUGUCAAAUUCAAACGUUAUAUGUUAGCUUCAAAGAUCUGGAGUGGCAGGAUUGGAUCAUAGCACCGGACGGCUAUGGGGCUUUUUAUUGUAGCGGCGAAUGUAAUUUCCCAUUGAACGCUCACAAAAACGCUACCAAUCACGCCAUAGUCCAGACUUUAGUACAUCUGAUAAAUCCUACAACGGUACCGAAACCUUCGUGUGCGCCGAUCAAGUUGUCUCCAAUCUCGGUCCUCUACUAUACGGAUGAUUCUAACGUGAUCUUGCGCAAAUACAAGAACAUGGUUGUGAAGAGCUGCGGUUGCCAUUGAUAUUGUGUUAUUCGAUAUAUAUUUUUUGUUUUGUUCGUCAAAAUGCUUUCCCCGUCAAAAUGAGCGUCGCAAAGUAAUUUAUGAGAAGGUAAAAUUAGUUUCUAUGUUAGAUUUAAGUUAUUAAAUGUGCCAAUUUAGUAAAUUUUUUAUGUGAGUAACUAACUUUUUUUAUGAAAUACAUUUU